GAGUGAACCUGCAAUUCGUUGCAAGCUUCGCUGUUUGCGAACUCGCUGGCCAAUACCACAUGAUGUCUAGCAUACUAGAGUUCUUGGGCGAUGAUUCAAAGUCCACGGGGCUCCUGGUGUUGCUUGCGGUGCUCAUUCGCGUUCUUACGGGGCUCUCCGGCUAUUCGGGCGCGGGCGACCCGCCCAAGUAUGGCGACUAUGAGGCGCAGCGGCACUGGAUGGAGCUGACCGUGAACCUGCCGGUCCGGGAGUGGUACGUGGACUCGCCGGUCAACAACGCCAGCUACUGGCCCCUGGACUACCCGCCCCUGUCCGGGUACCAGAGCUGGCUGUGCGGUGUGGCGCUGCGGGCGGCGGAGCCGGCGGCGGUGGCGCUGGUGUCCUCGCACGGCUAUGAGAGCGCCAGCUCCAAGACCCUCAUGCGCUGGACGGUCAUUGUGGCGGACCUGCUGAUCUACAUCCCGGCGUGCCUGGUGGCGGUGGCAGUCUUCUAUCCCAGCCCCGACACGUCCGCCGCCGCCGCCACUGCGGGCUCGGCCUCCUCACCCGCCGCCUCGCCCACAAAAACCCCCUCGUCCACGGGCACCGCCGCCGCCUCCACCUGCGCCUCACCUGCCGGCGCCUUGCCGCCCCCCUUCUCCCACUCGCCCUCGUUCUCCUCCGCCACCGCCUUAUCCGCCGCGGCUCGACGGGGCCGGCUGCUGGCGCUGUUUGGUCUGCUGUUCAAUCCCGCGCUGCUGCUGAUUGACCACGGCCACUUCCAAUACAAUGGCAUCAGCCUGGGCCUGACCCUGGCCGCUGUGGCCGCCAUAGCCCGCGGCCGGCGGCUGCUGGGCGGUGUGCUGUACGUGGCGGCCCUCAACCACAAACACAUGGCGCUGUUCUUCGCGCCCGCCUUCUUCGCGCACCUGCUGGGCUGGGCGCUGCACGACCCCGCGCACAGGGGCGUGCCGGCCAAGCUGCUGGCUGUGGCCAAGCUGGGAGCCACGGUGCUGCUGGCCUUCGCGGUGUGCUGGGCGCCGUGGCUGCACUCGCGGCAGGCUCUGCUGCAGGUCCUGUCGCGCAUCUUCCCGGUGCGCCGCGGUCUGUACGAGGACUACGUAGCCAACUGGUGGUGCGCCUCCUCCGCCGCCCUCAAGUGGAAGAGCCGCUUCCCGCCGCACCUGCUGCUGCGGGCCGCCGCCGCCACCACACUGGCCGCGGCGGCGCCCGCCAUGGCGCACCAGAUAGCUGGAGGUGGCGGCGGCGGCGGCGGCGGCGGUGGGCCGUCGCGGUGGGGCUUGGUGCGCUGCCUGGUCAACAGCGGCUUUGCGUUCUACAUGUUCUCAUACCAGGUGCACGAGAAGUCCAUCCUGAUGCCGCUGCUGCCGCUGACGCUGGCGGCGGGUCGCGAGCCCACGCUAGCAGCCUGGCUGCCGCUGCUGGCCUGCUUCUCCAUGUUCCCGCUGCUGGUGCGCGACGGCGUGGGGCUGCCGUACGUGGCGGCGGCGGCGGUGUACGGCGCAGUCAUGGCGGGCGCGGCGCUGCAGCAGGCGCGGCAGCUGCAGGCCGAGCGCCGCGCCGCCCCCCGCCCGGGCGCACUGGCGCGCGUUGUGGACGCCGUGACCGGUCUGAUGGUGGACCUGUGGCCCCUGCUGGCGGCGGCGGGCGUGGCGGCGGCGGCGGCGCUGCAUGGGGCCCGGCUGCUACUGCCGGCGCCGCCGCACCUGCCGUGGCUGUACGACCGCGCCUUCAUCACGUUUUCGUUCUGCGGCUUCGCGGCGGCCUUCUGCUACAGCCAAUUGGCGCAGUGGCUGGAGGAGCCGGUGGGGUCGGGGCCAGUGGCGGUGGCGGCGAAGCAGCGUGCCGCGCGGCGUUUAAAAGACGAGUGAAGAGGUUGGAGAGAUGGAGAGCGUGGAGUGCAAGGAAGCCUCACAAGAGCACAUAACAGAAGUUGGGCUGGUGGGUGAGAGGAACGGGUGUAGACGUGUGAGGUGCAGAAAUACAGAAGCAGCGUGAAUGUUGAUGCUGGGCACACGGUAAGGCGCUGAAGAAUGACAGGCGACCAUAGUAAUAGGAGGUGGGUGCGCUGGGGCUUGCAUGGGU